AUGCCCUAUGCCAUCCAGAACAUGUAUAUAGUCGUUGCCCCUGUCCUAUUCGCCGCAUCGAUUUACAUGGUUCUCGGCCGAAUCAUCACCAGCAUCCGCGCCGACAAAUAUUCAAUGAUCCGGCCCUCAAAGCUUACACUCACAUUUGUACUUGGCGAUGUUCUCUCGUUCGUCGUCCAGGGAGGCGCAUCGGGCUUGAUGGUUGUCCAGAAGCCCGGUUUUGCAACAUGGGGUGAGAGGAUUAUCAUACUCGGUCUUGUCAUCCAGAUCGUCAUGUUCGCUCUGUUUUGCGCCAUCGCCGUCAUCUUCCAUCGAAAGAUGAGACGCGCUCCGACAGCGGAGUCUCUGGACGGCUUGAUCCCCUGGGAAGAAAGCUUGUACAUGCUUUAUGCCGUCAGUGUUCUCAUCAUGGUCCGGUCAAUCUUCAGGGUAGUCGAGUUCGCACAAGGGUAUACUGGUUAUUCUCUCUCCCAUGAGUGGACGCUUUACGUCUUUGACGCGCUUUUGAUGUUUGUGGUUACUGUGUUGUUCUCUUGGAGGUUUCCGGAGCGCUUGAAGCCCAAGGAGGAGUUGGCUCUGUGA